GCCAGAAUGAUGCGCUCGCCGCAUGUUGCUGCCGUACGACGCCACAAUGAAUUAUUGUUGGAUUUUAGCCCACACCGACUAAGAAAUCGCGAUAACAAUUGAUACGUGGAUUUUGUUGGCCUAGUUGAAUUGACAGGUUGUAUUGUAGUAUGUUUGAGGUAUUUUAUGGAUAUCAUGGAUCUGAUAAAAAGCUGUAAAGAAAACCUGCUUAAAUUGAUGGCGGAAAGCCGGACCAAGCAACCGAUCUCCUUACUACAAGAAGCAUUGGUUACUUUGCGAUUAGAAGCAAAGUAUGAGCUGGUAGAGACAACCGGUGCAGACCAUUCACGAAGUUUCAAGUAUCGUGCAUUUAUUAACGAUGAUAUUUCUGCAUUGGGCACAGCCAAUUCGAAAAAGGGAGCUAAAUCUGCGUCUGCGCAGAAUUUAAUUAAUUAUUUACUUGCGAAUGAUACUUCAAAUGCAAGUACCGAAAGUACUCCUCCAUUAAACAAUUUUUCAAGUCCUGCGUUGGAAGCCGGUGUAACGCCUCCACCUGCAGUAGAAAACAGCAUCGGCAUGUUGCAAGAAUUAUGUAUUAUACGCGGAUGGGGAACACCAGUAUAUCACGAAGAAUCUCGUAGUGGCAUGUCACACAUUCCAAUCUUUACCACUUCCUGCAUCGUAUCAGAACACAAAACUAUCGGCACGGCUGGUAAUAAAAAAGCGGCUAAGAAAUUGGCCGCUCAAGAGAUGUUGGCGAAGUUGUCUAAUAGCGCAGCGCCAUCUGCACAACUGUCAAGUGAAACUUGUCUGGUGGCAAUCAAACAAGAGCCAGCACCUGAACCGGAUGAUAAUAUUCCUAAAACAAACGAAAUAUCUUCAUUAUGUAAAACUGAAGAUGUUCAGGAUACUGCCAUUGCAUCAACAUCUAAUAAUGCAGCUCCUGAUCCUGAUGUGGUAUUCACUCAAAUUCAGCAAUGCGUUGAAGAGUCUUCCGGCCCGGAUAUGCUCAAACUAAAGAUAAUUGGCAUCAAUAAAAAUGCAAACCACAUGCAAACACUUUGCGACGUGUGUCAGGAGCAAGCCUUUGACAUGGCGAUAACGCUGUCAGAAGAUCUUGAUAGCGAAGGGAUGAAGCAGUGCAUGGUGCAGUUGCGUAUGCCAGUGUUAAAUACAUUCACGUAUAUUGUAUGCUGCGGGUCGGGGGCAGACGAUGAAAAGGCCAAGCAAAAUGCCGCACGCACUACACUUGAAUAUCUCAGGAUGAUGGCUUUGUGCACAAAAGUUAAUUUUGUUCAUUUAUGAAGCGCAGAUUAAUUAGAUAUAUAAAUUUAUAUAAUUGCACUUUAAUAUUUUGUAUAGAAUACUUAUAAUUUGCUUAGUCUAAUAUAAUUUAAAUAUUUUACAUCA